AUGUUUGUACUUUUCUCUCGAACUCAACGACAGAAGAAACGCGAAAAUGUCUGGAAGAGGGAAAACCGGAGGUAAAGCUAGAGCUAAGGCCAAGACCCGCUCCUCUCGUGCCGGGCUCCAGUUCCCCGUCGGCCGUGUCCACAGGCUGCUCCGCAAAGGGAACUACGCUCAGCGUGUUGGUGCCGGAGCUCCGGUGUAUCUGGCGGCCGUGCUGGAGUACCUGACUGCUGAGAUCCUGGAGCUGGCUGGAAACGCUGCCCGCGACAACAAGAAGACCCGUAUCAUCCCCCGCCAUCUGCAGCUGGCCGUCCGCAACGACGAGGAGCUCAACAAGCUGCUGGGCGGAGUGACCAUCGCUCAGGGCGGCGUGCUGCCCAACAUCCAGGCCGUCCUGCUGCCCAAGAAGACCGAGAAGCCCGCUAAGAAGUAAACACCCGGAGCCGGCUUCAACCAAACCAACAACGGCUCUUUUAAGAGCCACACACAUCCCACUAAAGAGAAAUCCUUAUACUUUAUGUAUAUGUCAUAUUAUAUUUACGAUUUAUUCUUUAAAUACAAUGAAUCAACCUUUAGCCUACCUACGAAAUCGCUUAUGUAUCUACACGUAACGCAAAUUUACAUAUGCAUGUACAGUUUACAUAUGUACACACGAGAUCCUUUUACAUAGUGUUGUGAAUUAACUACUUAAUACAGUGAGUCCCCACAUAUAUAGGACAUGUAGUUACAGCCUGUGAGCACACUGCAAUAUUAAAACAAGUGUAUUUAAGAAGA